AUGCCGGGUGGAACGGAGAGAUAUCUCCCAGAGUCCGUCCUCUGGCGCUUCUUCGACUGCUUGGUGAAGGCAUGCAUGGCGGUGGAAGAGCCCCCAAGGCUGAACCCAGCCAAUGGAGCAGUUCCCGUGUCCACGCAAGGAGGCCACCUUCCAGAAAUACUUACCCCUGGCAACCCAGGACGAGAAGGGAUAGUGCAUAUCGACCUUGAUCCCACAAAUGUCUUCGUUUAUGGAUAUGAUCCCCCGGCUGUACCUCCUGCUGCACCUCUUGUGCCACCCCACACAACGCUUCCGCGUGUACAGAUUGGAGACUUUGGGUUCGCCCAGAACGAGGCCAGCCUCUGGGCUCGCGCACGUCCGCCAGCGCUAGGAGCAGGGCCGCCAUCAACGGCUGCUGAGUGGAGACGACGUGAGGAGAGAUGGCGCUUAAGACAUUCCGGCAAAUUUAUGUAUUUACUUCCGGAACAAUUCGGCAAGGACUGGGACAGAAUACCCCGCUGCCAGGACCCUUCUGAUGACCAGCAGCUACCUUGGAUGUUGCCCUGGAUGCCAGCUUGGAUGAUGCCAUGGGCGCGACCUCCGCCGGUAACAACAGGCCCGGGAAGAUUCAGCUCUGCGUCUAAUGUGUGGCAAAUGGGAAUGGUUAUGAAGGUUUGCAUGAUGCUGGUAGACCCCGACCUACCGCCUUACGCGGGAAGGAUGACGAGCCAGGAGCCAGCCAACCCAACGCCUGAUCAAGAGCGCUGGACAUAUGGGUGGUCAUUACUCGACCCCGCCGAGCCGUGGGCCAAUUUGUACCAACAAUCCCUGAUCGACCUUGUGGCGAGAUGCCUUAUGGCUAAACAAGAACAUCGCCCUACAUUGCAGCAGCUCCAGACUGUGAUCACGCAGGAACUGGCCCUCCCUGCUAACCAAAAUGUCCCAAAUUACUGGACAAAUACCUUCUUUGCCGAUCCGCAACCGCCAAGACCGCCCGUGGACACAGAAAACGUCAACGUCAUAGACCCGUUCUGGGACUACAGGAAGAGGAAGCCUCUUUGA